AUGGCUGAGAAGAGUGCAGACUUUUCUGAAGUUGAAAAUGCCGCAAUUCGCCAAAGCGGAUUGUCUUCUGAGGAUGCUGCAUGGCUAGAUGCCUUCCCCGAUGACAGGCGGAAAAGGGCUGUCGACUAUCGCUUAAUCCCAUUGCUGACGUUACUGUAUCUAUUCUCGUUCAUCGAUCGUGCCAACAUUGGAAACGCGAACAUUGAAGGCUUAUCUGAGACCCUCUCGUUGAGCAGCACCCAGUUCAACAUUGCGUUGUCAAUCUUUUUCAUACCAUAUGUUCUCCUCGAGGUUCCGAGCAACUACAUGCUCAAUAAGUUCAAGAAGCCCUCGCUCUACAUUGGCACUAUCAUUGUGGCGUGGGGUUCAAUGACCGUGGUCAUGGGUGUCGUCAAAAACUUUGCAGGACUUGUGGCCGUCCGCUUCAUGCUCGGAGUGGCAGAGGCAGGUUUCUUUCCCGGAGCUAUUCUCAUUAUCUCGAAGUGGUACCUGCGAAACGAAACUCAGACGAGAAUAGCCCUGUUCUACACAGCCAGUGCCCUAGCCGGCGCCUUCUCGGGGCUCUUGGCUUUCGGAAUCGCCAAGAUGGACGGCGUGGGCGGUUAUGAAGGUUGGCGUUGGAUCUUCAUCCUCGAGGGCCUCGCUACUGUUUUGGCAGGCAUUGUCUGUUUCUUUUUCCUUGUUGACUCUCCAGCUACCUCUGGAAAAUGGCUCGAUCCCGACGAAAUUCGCUAUCUAGAGCUUCGACAACUCGCCCAGGCCGGUGUAUCUCAAACAACGGAUGGUAAGAGCAAGCGAUUGGACUGGAAUAUCCUGCGAUCGGUUAUCUGCGACUGGCAGAUUUACCUUCAAGCGUUGAUCUACUGGUCAAACACCGUUCCGAACAACGCCCUCAAGUUCACGAUGCCCAAGAUUGUCCAGAGCAUGGGCUUCACAUCGUCGAACGCGCAACUGCUUACCGUGCCUCCAUACUGUGCCGGUGCAGUUAGUGCUUAUCUUUCGGCUAUCUUUGCUGAUCGAUUCACCUGGCGUAUGCCGUUCAUCGUUGGGCCCCAGCUCCUCGUCAUUACGGCGUACGGUAUCCUGUUCGGCAAAGCCGUCGACAUUCGCAACAACAUCCCGGCUUGCUAUUUCGCUAUUGUGCUCUCGUGCAUUGGUCUUUAUCCUAUCAACCCCGGAGGCAACGCAUGGACGGUAAACAAUCUGGCAGGCCCAACGAAGCGGGCCAUGGGAAUUGCGUACAUGAUCUGCCUUGGCAAUCUUGGUGGCAUCGUGGGAAGCUACAUCUACAUGGAAUCGGAAAAGCCGAGAUACCAAACCGGAUUCGGGACUUCCUUGGGGUUUGCGGCAGUAGGUGUUGGGGCAUGCUUGGUACUCGAGGCCGCCUAUCACACCAUCAACAGGCGGAAGUCAGCAAUGACAGAGGAGCAAAUCCACGCGAAGUACACAGACGAGGAGCUGGAAUCCAUGGGAGAUAGAUCGCCUCUGUUCAAAUACCCGCUGUAG